AUGACAUCCAGCAUCCUCGUCGCGCAACUCGCCCUCUACGCCCCCCUAACACUUCCAACAAUUUACCUCCUCUGCAGCCAUGGCCGCCAUGGCCUCCUCGCCUGGCUGUACCUCCUCGCCUUCUGCGUUCUUCGCGUAACCGGUGCCGCCAUGGGCCUCAACGACCCGCGCAACGCUGGCACCCAGAUAAUAUCCAGUAUCGGGCUCUCGCCGUUGCUGCUGUCGAUCGACGGGAUAUUGCAUGAGGCGUACGUUCUCCCAAAGCUGACCCAAGACCGAACCUUAUUUCCUGAGAAUCUACUGUUUAGUCCCCAACAAACGAACCGAAUGGGCAUUUAUGGCGCUCAUCCAUGUCCUCUCGCGACGGGGGUUGCAAUGGUUGGGGUUGGUGCUGGCGGGUUGUUGAGCGAUAUGGCUAAGGACAGUGAUUUGUCCAAUUUAAAGGUCGGUAUGGUGCUGAUGGAGGUUGCAUGGGCGGUGCUCGUUUCGUGGGGACUGUGGACGCUUUGGAAUGGGAGGGGUUGGGGGUGGAAAAGUGGUAGAAACCGAGGUGCACCGGCGGGCUUGGCCAGGAGGGAGGGAAUUUUGCUCCUAACCGGCGCCCUUAUCGCUCUACCCCUUCUCGAGAUCUCGGUGAUAUACAUGCUUGUCGCGGAGUUCACACAGCGCGCGGAUCUAAACCCGACGACAGGGAGUCUGGCUGUUCGUGUUGUCUUGGGGUUUUUCCCCGAGUUGCUUGCGGCGAUUGUUUUGGUGUUCGUUGGGAUUAUGACGAGGGGGAAGGCGCUCGAACUCGAAACAUGGAACUCAGUUGUACGCAAGGUCACAUUAGGGUUCGCAUUUGCACUUGAAUCUGGCCGAUAA